AAUUUAUAUUCGAUUAGGCAGCAGUUGACUCUGUUAAUCGAAUUUUCAGUUAAUAUAUUAAUUUUUAAUCACUAAAUGUAGCGACUGUAGACAUUACCAAAUAUGGAGUUUGCUCGUUUUCCCAACCGUCCUCCCUUCGAUCCUUAGUAGCUCUCUAUUUUAUUUUCUAUAAAUUUUUUGCGUUAAUUUCAAAUGAUUUCAUUGCAUUUUCUUGUGUAAAUAAUAUAUUUUCUUCUUUUAUAAAAAAUGUCGUUUAGAGUGGUUCGUAGUUCAAAAUUCCGCCACGUUUACGGGCAAGCCCUGAAAAGGGAACAGUGUUAUGAUAACAUAAGAGUGUCGAAAAGUUCAUGGGAUUCUACGUUUUGUGCCGUGAACCCCAAGUUUUUGGCGAUUAUCGUAGAGUCCGCGGGUGGCGGCGCCUUCAUAGUGCUACCACACAAUAAGGUCGGCCGUAUCCCAGCGGACCACCCACUGGUGGGAGGACACAAGGGCCCGGUGCUGGAUAUCGCGUGGUGCCCCCACAACGACAAUGUUAUCGCCAGCGGCUCGGAGGACUGCGUUGUGAAGGUGUGGCAGAUCCCCGACGGCGGCCUGUCUAGGACCCUGACCGACCCGGUGGUGGAUCUGGUGUACCACCAGCGGCGCGUGGGGCUGGUGCUGUGGCACCCCACCGCGCAGAAUGUGCUGUUGACGGCCGGCUCCGACAAUCAGAUAGCGAUAUGGAACGUGGGCACCGGCGAGGUUCUCAUCAGCCUGGACUGCCAUCCGGACCUCAUCUACUCGGCCUGCUGGAACUGGACCGGCUCCAAGCUUCUCACCACCUGCAGAGACAAGAAGAUCAGGAUAAUAGACCCGCGCAAGGGCGAGGUGGAAGCGGAGGCCAUAGCCCACGAGGGCAGCAAAGCGUCGCGCGCCAUCUUCUUGAAACACGGACUGGUGUUCACCACUGGAUUCAGCCGCAUGUCCGAGCGGCAGUACUCGCUGCGCACGCCGGACGCGCUGGGCGAGCCCAUCGUGACGGUGGAGAUCGACACCAGCAACGGCGUCAUGUUCCCGCUCUACGACCCCGACACCAACAUGGUGUACCUGUGCGGCAAGGGCGACUCCGUCAUCCGGUACUUCGAGGUAACACCGGAGCCGCCGUUUGUGCAUUACAUCAACACCUUCCAAACGCCGGAUCCGCAACGAGGUAUCGGCAUGAUGCCCAAGCGUGGGUGCGACGUGGCCACCUGUGAGAUCUCCAAAUUCUACCGCCUCAACAAUUCUGGACUGUGUCAGGUGGUAUCUAUGACGGUGCCGCGCAAGUCGGAGCUGUUCCAGGAGGACCUGUACCCGGACACGCUGAGCGACGAGGCCAGCCUCACCGCCGCCGAGUGGCUGGCCGGCGAGGACGCCGAGCCCUGCACCAUGUCGCUCAAGGUACAGUCGGAGCUGUUCCAGGAGGACCUGGACCCGGACACGCUGAGCGACGAGGCCAGCCUCACCGCCGCCGAGUGGCUGGCCGGCGAGGACGCCGAGCCCUGCACCAUGUCGCUCAAGGUACAGUCGGAGCUGUUCCAGGAGGACCUGGACCCGGACACGCUGAGCGACGAGGCCAGCCUCACCGCCGCCGAGUGGCUGGCCGGCGAGGACGCCGAGCCCUGCACCAUGUCGCUCAAGGGCGGGUACGUGUCCGGCCGGGCGGCCCAGCAGCUCCACGUCACCAAGAAGACCAACGCCUUGGCCGGGGCAAAGGAGAGGGAGAAGGACAAAGACAGGUCCCCCACUCCGGCCGCGAGGAGGGAUGACCACAGUGGCACGCCGGCUUCAGCCACGCCCCCUCCCAUCAAUGCUGCUGUGGAAAAACAACUAUCGGACCUUGUUGACGAGAUCCGCAAAUUGAAGUCGGUUAUCGUGAAGCAAGAGAAUCGAAUCCGCGCUCUAGAGGCGGCCGUCAAGGGAGCCCUAGCGCCGUCGCCGCAGCCCGAGGUCAAAGCCCCCACGCCCGUCGCUGUGCCAGAGACCACCACGAAUGCGAACCACGAAGAAGAAGGAAUGGCGCCCGAUGAAGUUUGAGCUCAAGCGGUUUGAAUUUCGAAUCUGUUUUUUUUUUCUUUAUUUUUGUCGAACGUCGAUUUAGUUGUUGAUAAAAGUAAGUAAUCUAUGGUAAAUUUUUCUGUAAUAUUUUUUUUUGGAACACUUUAAAAUCGUGAGGAUGUAUAAAAUUGAUUUCCUUGCUUGCAUUUUAAAAUCGUAGUUAUAACUAAUUUAAAAAAAAGGUAUGUUGCGAAAACGAUUAAAAAUUACAGAUUUUGAAAAAAUCUACAAGUUUAAUGGAUGUUUUAUCAAAGUAAAUAAAAUUGGAAUUUUAAAAAUUAUUUUGAUAGCCUGUAUUGCUACAAUUUUGGUUUAUGAUUUACAAUAUCUUACUUCACUCAUGAUCAAAUCGUCAAAAAUGUCGUUGAGCUGGACUCGGCUUAAUGUAUUUAAAGCUAAAUGUAUUUUAAUAGAGAGUAAGAUAAAAAAUAUGCUGCUGUGACAACGCUUAACAGCUCAAACAAAACAUCGUCAUUGUGAAAAAAAAUUUUUUUUUACUUCAUUACAGUCACCUACCACUUUAUGUUACAAUUAAAUUUUCAGUUCACCAGGAAAAAUUGUAUGAGAUUUCCGAUGUACGCAGAUUACAAGAGAUUUCUAAUAUAAAAUUAUCUAUAGUUGCCUACGAAUAGUCAAUUUAUCGUAGAUAAUUUGAAAUUAAGUAAUGAGUCAUUGAAACAAGCAAAAACUAUAAAAACAAUUAUUUCAGUUAAGUAUUAUCAUUUUCUUUGAAUUACUACUGAGAUAAUAUACCACAAAGAGGACGGUCCUUUUGUAAAAUACAUUUUAUGAUAGCAUGUUAUAAUGUAAUAGUAAAAAAAAACAGUCACAAACUUUUGUCAUGUUCUCACGUAAGAAGAGGAAUAUCAAAUCGGAGCAACGAAAUAUCUUUACAUUUGUUGAUUUUAAUUAUAAAUAUGAAUACAAAAUGAUUUAUUAACCUCACGGCCAGUUCAAAUGCAAAUAAAUGUUUGGGUGUUUCGUUGUUCGUAAAAUUAAUGUUUAUUUAUUUAAUUGUAGUUUUGUAAAUAGUAAGUUUUAAAAGUGAUACGCAGAUAACGUUAUGUGCCUUAUAUACAAAAUAUUAUAUGUUAUUUUUGACGUCAGUCACAAAAUUUGUUAUAUCUGAUGACGCAUGAGUAAAUACAAUUGAGAAAUGUGAUGUACAUUUUUAAUAAACAUUAUAAAACUUGAGAAUACACAUUUGUACAUUUAGACGCUCUGUAAUUUUGUAUUUAUUCAUGUGUAUCAACAUUACUAAUAUUUACUAUGAUUGGUGAUGUAAAUUUUGUGUUUGUAUAUUGACGGUUAUGUUUGAGAUAGAUCUCCAUAGAAAAUGCAAUAUGCUAAAAAGUUAUCAAUAAAAUGCAACUUUGGUUCGAGCACAGUCCUCACCAUCUCAAUGGUUGCAGCUUUUACUUCAGGGUAGGCAGUGUCUUUUGGCUGUGAAAGACAGAGAGGGAAGUUUUCGUAAUCCGGUUCUCUCGCUUUCGUUCAAUAUAACGCAAAUCUUUCGAAAAAAAAAAAUAUCACUUCAUGACUUCUACCCCUGCAUACCUCUGUCCUCCAUGAUUACAAACUAAAAAUUUCGAUUUCUUUGCUAGCUAAAGGAAAGCUUUAUAAAAUUGGGGACAUGUGCCUAUCAAUAUCUAAAUCUCGGUCUGUCUCUGUUAAAACUAAAAAUAUUCUAAAAUAACAUGUGUAUUGUUAGCGAAGUCCUUUGAUUAUAGGCGCGCUUGUUGUUUCUGAUAUAAAAAAGGGAGUGCACACUAUUGAGUGUGUUUUUCAAUUUUCCCAGCAUUAUAUUCAUGUUUUGUUGAAAUUACAUCAAAAUUACUAAAACAACAAGGACGUUUAUAUCGUGGGAUUUCUUUCAUUUAGGUGCGCACGCGCUGCUACUGUCACUUAUUUAGUUAUUUAUUUGAAGCGGUAUGAGCGGGCUUGCGUGGAUCUGUAACACAUGAAAUAACAGUAGACAUGCAAACAAUCUAACGGUAUAUAAAUUACAAGAAAUAAAAGCUGAGAUUGUGAUGCCCAUCGAAUUAAAACAAACACAAUAAUAAACUAUGACGAACUUAGAAUCAAGGCUGCGUAAGAAAUGUGCGCCAAUUCAACCAAUCACGUUGCAUUUGCAAGGAACGCAGCGCUGCGAUUGGUUGACAGUUCUCUGCUUAUAUGGCACCGUAUGCUGAAGCCUCUAUUUAAGUUUCAUUUCAAAGUUAUAUCAAUAUCGUUUUAAGAAAAAGGAUGAAUGUGAUUGGGUUUGUAAUAAAAAAAAUCCUUAACCAUCAAACUAUCAGAAUUAAACUAUAACUAUAUAGAUCGUUCUUUAUAUUAAAUUGAUAUCAUUAAGCCAAACAGCUGAACGUGGCUUAUCAGUCCUUUCAAGACUGUUGGCUCUUUCGCGAGAAAUAUAAACGUGAUUAUAUAUGUAUAAAUGUAUUGAUAUCAAGAGUAUGUCUAUCCAAAAAGUAAAUCGUCCAUGCCGUCGCCGCUCGUACCACAAAUUUAGUUAAGCUAGGUCUAAGUUUCAUUAUUCUGGUGCUUAUGCCAUCGACGGUACCCUUAAGUUUCUUCAAUUAUGUGCUCAACGCGCUUUAUAACUCUUUUUUAUUGUAGCUAACUUCAUUUCAUUGCCCUAAGAACGUCGUAGACUGGAUAAAAUUUUUAUUUGAAAUAACAACAAUAUAUAGACGACAUGUUUUAUUGGCAGUCUGUCUGUGACACGUUUGAGACAAUAUUAUUAUUAUAAUCAGAGUUGUCACUUAUAAUUUGAACGACAGCUGAAAGUCGACAUACUUACUGGACGUAUCAGAGUUACAUCGAAUGAUAUAAAUUUAUGUUCUGUCAGUUUGUGCAAUAUUUAAAUCUGUCUUUUUCUAUAAGAUCAGUUUUUUUUUUAGAUUAUUAUACGAACGAUCAUUUCACUUUUUUUUUUUUCAUUUUGUAAUAACUUUAGUCAUGUUUUGUGAUACUAAUCAUUUUCAUUAUUCGAUUGUAAACAUUCACCAUUCACCAAGUAUAAAAUUAAUCAUAUAAUCAUAUUCAAAUGGCGGUUUUAUUAAUGGAACAAGAGUAAUUGUACCUUUUUAUAAUACAAUCGUUUGUCAAAGUGUGUAUGUACAUCUAAAUGUCUAUGAAAAAUUAAAAAUAAUGUAUUUAUUACCGAUGUUAUAACUCCAGAAUAUCAUGUUAAUUUUUUUUUAAUAAGCCGCCAUUUGAAAUAUAUAAUAGAGUUUAAUGAAAUUCCUAAGUUCUCGACGACUAGUCAUGUCAUUUACGUAUUGUCGCAGUUGAUAACUGUCAUUUGACAGUGAGUAUUAAAACAAUAUUAAAUAUAGUAUUAUUGUGACACAUGAUUUUCUUUUUUUUUAAUUAUAUGUAUAAUUGUGUAAGAUGGAGUAAUAUAGAUGUUCUAUUUUAGAAUCAUGACAAAGCAAUGAAUGGUAUUUUUUAAUUGUGUAUGAAAACGCUUGUUUUUAAGAUUUUGUGUAAAUUAUUUCUCCUUUGUAUGUGAAGCUUACGUUUUGAUUUUUUUUGUAAGGCUUUUAACCAUUAUUCAGAUGCAAAUAUAUGUAUGUAUGAUAGUAAAACAUGUAAAAAGGUCUUAUAAUGUCACAUCAACCGAUUUGGACUCAGAUUUUUAAUGGAAUAUGAGAACUGUUAAAAUUUGAAUGCAAAAAUUUAAGCACUUCCGUAUAUAAGUGAUGUACAAUAAAAUGCACAUUUAGAUAAUGAAAUUGAUAUAAAAAAAUAUGAAUAACACGACAUAGAAUUGCGUUGGUGUGAGUGAACGGACCACAAAUGUACUUAUGACAUGACAAUAAUGUAAAGUAUAUACGAGAUGUUAUUAUUGACGUUGAAUAUUUGUAAUGGUGUUAUUGACCGCUUGAAACGCUUUUCUUGUAGCUUGUGACGGCUCACCGGGAGUUGGCUAGUGUGGCCUACGAUACCAGUUUGUUCAAAAAUGUUCUGAAUUUCUUUUAUGGACGUAGUUUUACAAUACUUUUUGGGAUUAUAAUUGAAAUGAGAUAUGCACGUUGUUGUGUAAGGAACAAUUAUUCCGUAAAUGAUGAAUUGAUAAGUUUUUCCAUUAAUAUUUCCUAUAAAUAUGCAUGAAAUUUCAUAAAGAUUUGUGCAAAGUACAGCAUAUUGUGUAGGUAUUUGAAAAUAAAUUAAGAAUCAUGUUCAAACAUUUUGUUCUUGGAAUGCUUGUUCGUUACCAUUUUAAUCAAUCAUACAAUAUAUAUUUUUAUUAGUAAAACAGGUUAUUAUGAUUAUAUUCAGCUGCUCUGCUGAAUACAGGAUACGUACAAAUAUGACGGAUCCUAAGGUCCUAUAAUUAAGUUCACAAUUUAUCAUCUACUGAGUCCUGAAGUUUGUAAUAAUAGCAUUUUUGUUCAAGAUGUUAAAAAAGUGUGCUUUGAAGGCCACACUUCCUCUCUCUGUCUCGAGGUCUGCUCUUAACGGAACGCACAAUGUUGUGGGCCCCAAGGGUCGUUGGUGCUAGACGUGUGCCAAACCUGACAGUGCCUUGUUAAUACUCACACGACGCCUGUUGAGCAGAAAUAUAUGUCUAUUUUACUAUUUUCA